GUUUUGAAGCUCAGUUCCCGCCAUCUGCCGCUUCCUCCGGCCGCUUUGCAUCACCUGAGGGAAUAUGCCAUUUGCUAAUGAGAUUGUGUCACUGCAAAGAUUUCUGCUAAAAUUGAAGACAAGGGCAUUGCCAUAGUACUAAUUGACAGAGAGGUUGCUGAGGUUGGGUUUAUUCUCUCCCUGCUUCUGAGCCAACGAUGAGGAAGUGGGAAUCAAUGCGGAAGCAAAUAGAAGAGCGAGCAUCUCACUAUGAGAGGAAGCCGUUGUCGUCUGUGUAUAGACCAAGACUGUCCAAGCCAGAAGAACCACCCUCCAUUUGGAAGCUCUUUCAUCGUCAGAAUCAAGCUUUUAAUUUUGUCAAAAGCUGUAAAGAGAAUGUUCACGUUUUUGCUUUGGAGUGCAAAGCAGGAGACGGACAGCGCAUUUACCUUGUAACGUCCUAUGCUCAGCUUUGGUUUUACUACAAGUCCCGGAAAACUCUCUUGCAUUGCUAUGAAGUUAUUCCUGAGAAUGCUGUGUGCAAGCUUUAUUUUGAUUUGGAAUUUAACAAACUGGCCAACCCGGAAGCUGAUGGGAAAAGGAUGGUGGCAUUGCUCAUAGAGCAUGUUUGUAAAGCACUUGAGGAGUUAUACAAUGUUCACUGCUCAGCUGAAGAUGUUUUCAACUUGGAUUCCAGCACUGAAGAAAAAUUUAGCCGACAUCUAAUAUUUCAGCUCCAUGAUGCGGCAUUUAAAGAUAACAUUCAUGUUGGUAAUUUUGUGAGAAAAAUUCUGCAACCUGCCCUUCACUUAAUUACCCAGAAAGAUGAAGAUAAAAUUCCAGAGGAAAUGUGCCACGAAGCUUCCUGUUUUUCUGAUGUACCAUUAGAACAAGAGACUUCAGAAGCCUGGGAGACGCUGGAGUUGCCUAAGCAGCACAGCCCUGACCUUUCCUUUUUAGUUGUGAAGAAUAGCAUAGGAGAAAAGUGUCUUUUUGUAGACUUAGGAGUUUAUACAAGAAACAGAAACUUUCGACUGUAUCAAUCAUCAAAGAUAGGAAAAUGUGUGGCUUUGGAGGUUGCUGAAGAUAACAGAUUUAUCCCAGAACAGUCAAAAGAUAUUUCUGAGGAAAACCAGUAUUUCCUGUCUUCCCUGGUGAGCAAUGUCAGAUUCUCAGACUCUUUACGAAUUCUCACAUGUGACACAUCUCAGACUAAAAGAAAGCGGGCUGAGUAUUUUAACAGCACUGGCGCUUCAGCUGAAUCCAUUGAAGGCUUUCAAUGUUCACCGUAUCCUGAAGUUGACCAAUUUGUUAUUUCUUUGGUGAAUAAACACGCCAUUAAAGGAGGAAUUCGGCGUUGGAACUACUUUUUCCCAGAAGAAUUACUGGUUUAUGAUAUUUGUAAAUAUCGUUGGUGUGAAAACAUUGGAAGACCCCACAAAAGUAAUAAUAUUAUGAUUCUGGUUGACCUGAAAAAUGAAGUUUGGUAUCAAAAAUGCCAUGAUCCUGUAUGUAAAGCACAAAACUUCAAAUCUAACUGUUUUCCAUUACCCACUGAAGUAAGUCUGCGGUUUCUUCUGAAAGAGGAGGAGUUCACUUCUGAUGAAGCAGACGAAUUCAGCAACUCACUGGCCAAGAAUUCUCAAAUCCCAUCAUCCAGCAGCCUGUUACCAGGCGAGUCUUCUGAUGCUGACUGGGAUGACAAAGACGAUGCCUGCUUCCUAGAAGCCACAGAAGAUGCUGAAUUCGCUGAUGCUGCAGACAGGAGUCUUCUUGGUGACAAGAGUGCAAUGGACGAUAUUCCUGACGAACUCAUUAUGGAAGCAUUACAGAGUAGCUAACCAUGGACAGGAUUUACAUAAUGAGGCUACAGUUUGUCUGAAGUCUGAGAUUUGAUGACAUAAAUGUUAAAUUAGGGUUGGGGCUAUAGCCCAAGAGUAGACUACUUACCUAGCAUCUUCAAGGCCCUGCAUCUAAUCCGCAAUACCAUAAAAAAAUCAAAUUACAUUAACUUAUUAUUAAACUGUUUAUAACAA